AUGAUGCCGUAUAAGGUCAUCUGUAAGGUUCCUCCCAAAGGUCUUCCGAGGGAGGAAGAGCUAAGUGUUAACCCAUUGUUAUGCUACUCAGAGAUCGUCACCACGGAGCCAAUCUAUGGACAGAGUGCUCUUAACUGGAGCGGAUCUGAACUGUUCAGUGGUUUCAAACCUGCCCGGUCAAUCGAUCGUCACAACCAGGACAGUUACUGGGUCGUCGUUCGAUCAGUCGGGCACACCAAUCACAUCGCUCAAGGCUUCGAAGCCUGGGGUUCACUUGCAGUGGCCCCACUGGCUUGCGGAUCCUGUCUGUCCAGCGUCGCGGUUGUAAUCCGUGCUCAGGCUGGGCCUCUGACGAAGCAACUGAUUGAUUUUCUGGGGUGGUGCCGAGAUCAAAAGUGUCCAGAAGCAUUUCUAGACUCUUAUCACCCAGUCCUGUAUGCAGGAUUGCGCAUCUGUCGGCCGGAUUUGGUUAGUGUGGCGUAUCCACUUGGCUGGACCAACUUGAAUCUCGUAGUGCACUUUACCGCGCAGGCGAAGGAUGAGUCCUGGGGUCCACGUAGGGUGUCUGCCGCUAUAGUCACGAACCAACACUCUCUGGCCUUCGGUGAAUGA